CUCUUCUCCUCCUCCUCCUCUCCUUUUUCUUUCUAUUUUUCUUCCUCCUGCCUCUCUCCACCCCUUUCUCCUCCUCCUCCUCCUCCUCCUGGGCCCCUUUUCUUCUCCUGCUGCCCUGCCCUUUGCCAGUCUCUGCUCCGAGGAAGAAGAAGGCAGGAAGGAGUGAGUCUAGGAUGGCGCUGAGUGCCUGGGAGGGAGCUGCCCUUGCGCUGGGCGAAGCGGACCAGAGACCGGCGGGCCUCCUUCGGGUGGCCUAUGGGCCCCAGGCGCAGCUGGAGCAGCUGGGGCAGGAGCUGACCCCCAGCCAGGUCCAGAACCGCCCGACAUGCAUUGACUGGCCUGGCUGUGACCCACAGAAACUCUACACCCUGAUCCUUACCGACCUGGAUGUUCCCAGCAGGGCAGAUCCAAAGAACAGAGAGUGGCACCAUUUCCUGGUGACCAACAUGAAAGGCCAUGACAUUGGCAGUGGAUGUGUCCUGACUGAUUAUAUUGGCUCUGCACCAGCCAAGGGAACAGGACUUCACCGCUAUGUGUGGUUAGUCUAUGAGCAGCCCCAGCGACUCACCUGCGACGAACCCAUCCUGAACAGCCUCACCGCUGCUGGACGCGAGCAUUUCCGAGCCUCCACUUUCCGCAGGAAGUACAAGCUGGGGCCCCCCGCAGCGGGUGCAUGCUACCUGGCAGAGUGGGACAGCUCCGUCUCCAAGAUCUACAAGCAACUGAACGUCGAAGAGCCUAGCGCAUGAUCCUGGCCGGUGAAGAACCUGGCAUAGGAAUCUGAAAGAGUCUGCUGUGGGGUGUAAUUUUAAAAAAUUGAAUAAAGGGCAAAAAUGUUCUGCUUUUA